AUUAUAUCCCCAGAGCUGAUUCUUUUUUGCCUGUUAUUCUCCAUCCAUUUCUUCUCACGUCCCCAAAAUUCCCUUUUAUUAUUAUAAUUAUCAUCAGCCAUGCCUUCUUCCAACACCUCCAUCAUCUAUCUCAAGCACCCUACCGAAUUCCCCGUUGUAGGUGAACAUUUUGCUGCCAAGACUAACAACGAUUUCAAACCUGUCCUCAAGGAUGGCGAAGUCCUUACACGUAACCUCAUCAUUUCGCUUGAUCCUUACAUGCGUGGCAAGAUGAGAGAUGCCAGUAAAAAGUCGUAUAGUCCUGCAUUUGAGAUUGGCCAGCCGUUAGAUGCUCGUGGCAUUGCUGAAGUGAUCGAAAGCAAGAAUGAAAAAUAUCCCAAAGGCUCUAUCAUUCAUGCAUUUAUCGGCUGGGAGGAGUACACUAUCUUGCCUGAUCUUCCCACGACCCGUAUCAUCCCUGAUGCUAGAGAAUCCAAAUUGCCCUUAUCAUCCUACGUUGGAGUCUUGGGCAUGCCAGGCCUCACUGCAUAUUCUUCAUUGAAGGAUAUCGGGAAACCCAAAGCAGGCGAAACUAUCUUCAUCUCUGCUGCUUCAGGUGCUGUUGGUCAACUUGCUGGCCAACUGGCCAAAGCUUGGGGCCUUACCGUCAUCGGAUCAGCUGGAUCAGAUGAAAAGGUGGACUACCUACUCAAGGAGGUUGGGUUUGACCAUGCCUUCAACUAUAAGAAGCGCACUGCUCACGAUGCGCUCAAGGAGUUGGCACCCAAAGGUAUCGACAUUUACUUUGAGAACGUAGGAGGCGAAACCUUGGAGGCUGCCUUAGACAAUCUGAAUACCCAUGGACGCAUCAUUGCUUGUGGCAUGAUCUCUCAAUACAAUACUACGAAUCCAUAUGGUAUCAAGAACUUGAUGCAGGUAGUCUCGAAGCGUCUAACCAUGCGCGGUUUCAUUGUUGCGGAUUUCUAUGAACAAUACUCCGAAGAUUUCUUCCGUGAUGUCAAGGAAAUGUUACUCAAAAAUGAGAUUGUUUACCGUGUCGAUGAGGUCAAUGGGAUCCAGGCUGCUCCUGAGGCCUUUAUCGGGCUCUUGCAGGGAAAGAACUUUGGGAAGCAGGUCGUAAAGAUUGCUGAUUUGUAAAAGGUGCAAGAGCCAGAUAGUUGGAAGAUAGAAAGCAGAAGACUUGACGAAACAUUAAAGACGAAUGCUCGACAUCAUGCACCUCAUAAUAAAGACAGAGUCCCUUAUUUCACUAAGUGCCACAUACGAG